AUGUCAGACUCUGGAGAUUCCGUAAAGAUGGAGCAGAAGAGAGAAUAUAAUAGAAACGCACAACGCUUGUUUCGUCAACGUCGAAAAGAACAUCUCAAAAACUUAGAACGUGCAGAACAAGAACGCGCGUCCAACCAUGCCGAAGAGGUAGAACGGUUACGACAAGAAAUAAGCGAACUCCGUUCUGAGAACGACCAUCUUCACGUCUCUCUCUCCCCUUCACGACAACUCUCAGCUACCCCCUCCGUGGCAGCCAUCACAUCAAGUCCGCAGUCUCAAUCUACCAGCCCUUUCCCUACGACCCUCGACCUCUAUGAUCCUGGAUAUGGAGCGAUAGUCGGCGACAGCCUCCCCACUGUGUCGCACGACGUGACACCAUCAAAUGCAUCCGAGCUAGACACUUCCCCCUUCUGCCUCUUAUUUCCGUACGACAUCGCCACGCUGCGGCGCGAAUUGCACGAGCAACUGGCUGCAGUACUAGAUAUGAAUGUACUAAGCCAUCCACAACUCCACCUAUCAACGCUGGCAGCUAUCGGCCCAUCGCUGCCUCCACCCUUGCGGCCAACGUUGCUACAACUCCAGACUCCACACCACGCCUACAUAGAUCUAAUCCCGUCACCAACGCUCCGGGACCUGUUAAUCCAAACCGGGUUCGAGACUGCGAACGCCUUUCUGACGGAAGUCUGCACGUUUGUCUACGAAACUGAGGAUUUGGGCCAGCUGACCAUCUGGGGCCAGGACUAUCUCAACGAGAUGUCGUGGGAGUUCUCGGAAGCAGUGCUCAAAGCAUGGCCCGGCUUGCUGACGGCAGAGUGGCGAGUUAGGGCCAAUUUCUGGCGGAGGCAAAGAAAUCAGGCGCUGAUUGAAUUAGACUGA